AACUGCAGGAACUCACUUAAUCCGCCCGGUUCUUGGCUCCUCCCCUUCUCCAAGGGGUCAGCACGCAUCUCCCUCUCACCCGUCCUACUCGCUUGUUCCCUCCCUCCCUUCCAGUUUACAAGAUCUAAUGAGCUCCCCCGGGAGCUAGAGAAAAGACCCCGGCGUCAGAGCGCACGGAGGGCUCCAGUCUGCUGCGCUGGGCAGUCCUGGGAGCGGGAGCGAGAAUCCGGCUGCCUCAGAGCCCACCCUGGACGGGUCGUGAGCUGAACUGAGGCCUGGGGUUGGGAGAGCGGCUGUGAUCGCCCAACGGAGUAGCCGGCCGGAGUCCGAGAAGCUUCCAAGGAGGGAGAUCGGAAAGCGAAGUUAGGCAUCAACUGGGCUACUGAGCCCCAGGCGAAGAGAGUAGGGGCCAGGCGGGCACGAAGAUGGCUGUACAGGCAGCUAUCCUCAGUCCCCAUCAUUUCAUCCCCUUUUGCUUCCCAGGGUCUCCUGGGGCGCUGGGGAUGGACUUCGGAGACCUGGACAAGGGCUGUUGCUACGAGGAGGACGAGGCUGGGGGGACUGGGGCCGCGUUGCUCGGUGAAGCUGUAGCCGCCGAGGGAGCCGACGGAGGGGGAGGCGGAGGGGAUUUCAGGGAGGCCACUCGGGACCUGCUGAGCUUUAUCGACUCGGCGUCCAGCAACAUCAAGCUGGCUCUGGACAAGCCCGUCAAGUCCAAACGGAAGGUGAACCACCGCAAGUAUCUCCAGAAGCAGAUCAAGCGCUGCACUGGUAUGAUGACCUCUUCUCCGGCCUCCGCCUCGGGCCCUGCCCCCUCCGCCUCUCCGUCCCCGGGUCCCGCCGCUGCUGUCUCAGUUGGAGCUCUUGAGGCGCCCACAAAGCGACCGCCUUCUGCUUCCCCCGCAGCUCCGGGUACUCAGAGCAAGGCACCCCCGAAGAGGGAGGGUUCCCAGGCGGCCGCCAGCUUGCAGAGCAAGAGCCUGGCUGCCCUCUUUGACUCUUUGCAUCAGGUUCGAGGGGGCGGUGGUGAGAAAGGAGGAGCGGGAACCUUGGCUGCGGUGACUGGAGGAGGAGGAGGAGGUAGCGGCGGCGCGGGAGUUGAAGGAGGCGUCCCAGCUGUGGCCCCUCCUGGGGCUGGUGGGAACAAGAAGGUCCCUCUGCGUAACCGCAACCUGCCCCCGUCCUUCUUCACGGAACCAUCUAGGGCAGGAAGCUGCGGUCCGUCGGGGGGCGGUGUGACCCUUCGCGAGUUGGAGAAAGGCGGCGAGGCGGUGGAGUUUUUCGAGCUAUUGGGUCCUGAUUAUUGUGCAGGUGGAGAGGUUGGGGGGUUACUGCCCUCCGAGCCUCUCGAUUUGUUCCCAGCCGCCGUCCGGCCCCCCCAGGAGCUGGAACACAUCCUAUAUGAUCCGCACCCUACCCUGGUUGCAGGCUUGCUAUACUCUGAGCCCUGGAGCACCCCGUGCCCCCCAGCCAAGAAACCUGCCCCUGUUUCCAACCGCGGGGGCGGCGGCUUGACCUUGAACGAAACUUUGCGUCCCUUGUAUUCCAGCACCUCAGACUCCGCUGCUUCCAGCCUGAGCUCCCCUGGGGGUGAGGACACCGCGGGCCACCUGACACCUUUCUCCCAGUUCUUCCCUGACUGUGCCCUGCCAACCCCGCCUCCUCCCCACCAGAUGCCUUACGAUUACGGUGUGGGGUACAGUCGGGUCGCUUAUUCUGGGCUUUAGAGGUUGUACUCUGGGGAUGGGUGGGGGUAUCCUUGAGGGAGAAAUCGUGUAACAGGAGCUCCCUUUUUUGUACUGGUAACAGCGAUGGGCGAAAGGGCAUCGCUCCCCCUUCUAAGCUGAAAGAUCAAUUAAAAAGUAGACGUGACAAUGAAA